UAAAUAAGGAGACUCCUCUGUAUUAUAAAUUUCAUUCACUUGUUGUUUCAAACCUUCAUCAAGACAAAUUAAAAACUUUCCAUCUUCCAAUUCUCUAGAGAAAAUGUCUUGCUGCGGAGGAAACUGUGGAUGCGGAGCUGGCUGCAAGUGCGUUGGUUGCGGAGGUUGCAAAAUGUACCCAGACUUGGGCUUCUCCGGCGAGACCACCACCACCGAGACUCUUGUCCUCGGCGUUGCUCCGGCUAUGAACUCUCAGUACGAGGCUUCCGGCGAGACUUUCGUCGCCGAGAACGAUGCCUGCAAAUGUGGAUCUGACUGCAAGUGCAACCCUUGCACCUGCAAAUGAAGAAUCAUAUAAGACCCUAAGACUGCAAUAUAUCUAAAUGUUUGUGUAAUAAUGGCUGAUUUCUCCGGUUGUUUUGCCGGCGACAUAAGUCUUCUUUGUCCUCUGUCUGUGUGUGUUUAUGGUUUGGUCAUAAGAUAUCUCUUUAUGUUGUAUCUCUGUGACUAUAUAUAUAAACCAAAAAUAUUAUGGGUUUUGAGUCUUUUGAGUAAU